AUGACACAGUUUUUGGGGACCUGGAAAUUGAAGGAUUCUCGGAAUUUCGAUGCAAUCCUUCAGAAGCUCGGUGUUAAUGUUGUGAAGAGAAAGCUGAUUACAAGCAGCAAACCGGAAGUCACCUACACCAUAGACGGUAACAAAAUGACCAUUAGGACAUGCUCAGCACUUAAGACAACCACAAUCACUUUCGAGUUUGGCAAAGAGUUUGAGGAGAGGACAGCUGAUGACCGAACAGUAAUGUCUACAUUUACGAAACAAUCGGAGAGCAAAAUUACGCAAGUCCAGAAACAUCCGAAUUCCGUUACCACCACUGUACGAGAAGUAUCAGGCAACACCUUGACAGCGGUGAUCGUCUCCGAAGACGUAUUGAUCAGCAUAAAUUUCAACCAAAAAGUGUUCAUUUGUCUAAUGUCAUUCACCUGCAUGAUGCACCGACUGAAACAUGAGACGGCCCCGUGCAGCACAUUAAUUUGCCUGGAAACAUCACAAACGAGAGAUUCAGCUGGGUUCCAGUGCUUUAUUGUUGCAACUUCUAUCAACGUAAGUUUGGGCGAGAUGGCUCAGUGGGUAGAGCGCGAAUUUUCUGACCAGACUUUUGCCUCUGGACUUCCCCUGUCUAGGCUUGGGCAACCUGACAGCAUCCCGGCCCUUCCUUCCGGUGGCAUGAUAGUUAGGCAGUGA